AUGCCAAAGAAGCCGCAGGAGGGAAAUCGCCUUCCAUUAUGCAGCGCCUACGACGCAACCGACAUUUUGGUCAUUGACCCUGAAACACACGAACAUCUCAACCCAAACCUCGAUUGGUUUUUCCGCACCCAACAUGACAUUGACCCUUCUGCUACAGGCCGCAUCAUCGUGGGUAAACUGCCAAAGCAUGUCUCCAAAUCAGACCUCGACACACUUCUGGCGGGCGUGCCUCUACCGGCCAAGGAUGUUUCACCACCUCAGAGCUGCGUAACCUGGGCUUUGGCCGCGCUCAGCGCUCUACAGAACGCCGGUCUAGUGUGGUCUUUCAACAUUGAAUCUUUUAGAGAUUGGGCUCUUGCGUAUGGUGAUCGUUGCAUGGCAAAUAUGGGCCAAAGCGAUGUGUGCGAAUACAGAGGGGAGAAAAAGUGA